AUGGACGCUGACUCACUCUCCGAUUUCCAGCUCCUCCCCUAUCCAUCUCAGCACCGCGACUCCAACGGCGGCGGGGAGUCGGAAUCGCUGUCGCCAACAUCAGAUAACUCACUCACACUCAAUGUGUCUUCAUCAUGGACAUACUGCGGUCCCCUCCUAACCCUGGAAGAGAAUAGCCUCCCAUCCUCCUUCCACACUUGGGCCCAAGCUACCGUCAACGGCUCCCUGCUGACCCCCCUCUUCUCGUUCCUGGCCUAUGUGCACGAAUUUCUCGCAGCGAACAAUCUCGCGCACUACUGGUUGACCGUACGGGCUACGCAAGGAUCGACAGAGUUCGAUAUUCCACGAUGGCACACAGACGAUCUAUUCUUCUCUCCGCUGGCCACGAAAAAGCCACAGCCAAAGCCGAAGUCAUCGUCCUUUUCGAGAAAGCUCAAGUUCACCACACGAAACUAUUACACCCUGCGUCCUCAAGAGCAAACACAAACACAACGAAGAAAUAAUACCCAGCAUGCCACGAUACCAGAUUACGAUGCCCUAAACCCAUUUAUCCACCCACAACCAACUCACACCCAACCCCAACCAAAAAACGCCCAAAUAAUAACCCCCAACUCCAACCCCCCAGACUGGAAACUCUGCACAACACUGCUAGGCCCAGGAACAAUCUUCAUAAACGAAAAAAGAAACCUCGCCCGCUCAAUCCAGCGCACCACAAAAAUAGCCGUUCAAAACGAAAACCCAGGCCACAUCUGUCUCUCAAUCCGGUGCGUAGGUUGUGCCUCCGCGGCCGAGGCAGUCCGAACCCGUCUAGCGACGGAUCUAAAACCGCACCAAACCGUGCAGUCUCAACAGGGCGAGUGUGUCUUUUUUCGCGUCGGUGAGGAGGAGGGUGCUGUUCAUUCGGAACCGAGGUCUCAUGGGGAUCGGAUCUUUGUUAAUGUUGUUCCUGGGGAUGAGCGGGAUUUGAGGUGUUUGAUGGCGAAGUGGGGGAUGGAGUUUCCUAGGGCUUGGUGUGUUGGAUUACCGCUUCAGAUUGAGGGGGAGGAGGUUUAUAGAAAUGUCGGUGAGAUUUGA